AGAGCAUUGAAAUCAUAUGAUCUAACGCAACGAUUUCAGUGUCUAGCUGUCUAAAUUUUGUUUUGGAAACCUAAUUCAAAAUUUAUACAUUUGUAAGGCGGAGUCAGUUAUAAUGGCCGAUUUCCAUGAACUUAUUGUGACUUGCAUUAUUUUCCUAUACCAAAUUAUUUUGAUUUUCCGAUCAAUCCACCCCUUCAGAAAAGACGCUAUGCUGCUUAUUUUGCACAACGUUCUGCUGUACUACGUGAUCAAUAUGUUCAAGCAUUUGGCCCAGGCAUCGAUUAACUCGGACGGACCGGUGAACACAUUCUACUACGUACCAUUGGUGUAUGAAGAAAACAUUGCCUUGGGACGCCAUCAGAGUUGGCAUGAGGUCCUUAGGACAUCCAGCUGGCAAUUCUUUGAGGUCCUUUUCAGACAUCAUCUGGCCCUGCUGUUGCCAUUUAAUUUGGCUCUCCUGGUGCCCCGCUGCAAGUUGGCCUUCAUUAGCACACUGGUUCUCUUGUCGAACUUUGUGCUGUUCGUCUGUUUCGCCUCGGCCAUUUGUCAGCUGUUGUGGGUCCAUGGCCACGCCCACAGCCUGCGCCUCCUCACAAUCAUGUGUUUGGGCCCCGUUUGCCAAGUGGUUCUGGUGUGCCGCCUCCUGGGCCGCGUGUGGUCAGUGGAUUCUUGUUUGAGGCAUGAAAUUUGAUUUGCCGGCACUGAUUGCUGGCCAAAAGCCACACCCCAUCCAUCGUAAUCAGCACCACAGAAGUUUAGCAACAGCAACAGCAACAGCAGCAGUAGCAGGAGCAGCGGCAAAUCAAAGCAAUAAACCAACUGAACCCAUCCGAAAAUCACUUUCACUACACAAACUGCCAAACUGCAGGCAUUUAUGACAGCCAGGCGACGGAGGCGGUGCUGAGGGGGCCAAAAUCGCAUAACAAAAUUGUUGAUGAAAAGUUGAACAAAUAUUGAGGUCAGCAGAAUGUCGAGUAGAAGAGUCUCGAGCCUUAUUGUUGCUGUUGGUGGUGGUGCAAACUGUUUGCUAGCCUUUGGCACAAACUCCCGACACACAGUCUGGGAGCCAUGACUCUGACUGGGGAUCUGAGCUCCACACGUUCCAGGCCUGAAGAGGGCCUCGUUUUGGCCGAAAAAUAUUCAAUGAAAAUCGGCAGUCGACAGUCGACAUACCCCCCUCUUUGUCAAUAAUAAUGGGAAAAAAUGAGUUGUUGCUGCCGCAGCUCGAGUUUGCAUGGCGCAAUGCAGACGUCGACGUAGCCCGGGGUCCGGUUACGAUGCCGUCUGUCCUGACAGCACUUCAUCCCUGCCCCUAUCUCUUUCGCCAUGGAGAGCAGCCCCUUUUCGACGCCUGUGGUUCACAACUCAGCCCCCUGCAUGCCAUGCCAACUGCUUUCACUUCGAAUUGAGAAAUUGCCGCAAAUGCUUUUCGAUUUUUCGUUUUCCUCGGACAAGCCUUGGCUUUUCAUAUUGCAUAAUUGAUUGUGGGUGUGCGAGUUGCAAAAAUACCGAGCAGACGGCAUUGUCACCACCCCCUUCAUUUCGAACCAGCCAGCUUUUAUGCACAUUUUCAAUAUGCAUUCAGAUCCAGAUGCAUUUUGGCAUGCAUUGAUUUCCGCAGAGGGCAAGAGGAGAACAUUGCGAAGUUGGCGUGUUGUGUUUGCGCUUUCUUUGGUAAUAAUUAAAUUGCGGGUCUUUUAAAUGCAUUUCUCAG